UUGUGUUUAUUUUUUUCAUUCAUUGUCAAAUUUAAUAUUAAUUCUGGUCUUGUAAAUUUUAAUUUUAUUACAAAAAAUUUAGAAAUGCAAUUGAACAGAAUUAAAUGAAAAUUCAAAAUUUGUGAAAAAUUGAAUAAGAAAUUUUAUUGCCAAAAUUAUAACCUAUAAUAAUAUUAACACCAGACAUGCCAAAGCUUAAAAGAAAAUUUUAUAUUAAAUAAAUUUUAUUUGGAAAAAUUUUAUGCUUGAAAAAAGAAGAAAAUUUGUUUGUUAUAGAUGCUUCAAAUUUUGAAUCUGCGAAAAUUUGCUUGUUCAGUGCCCUGAGUACUGCGGUAUAUAACAGUAGAUAAUCAUCUUUCAAUAAGAAUAUUGGAUCAAGGAUACAUUUUAGAUUUAUAAUCUAUGCGAAUGCUAAUGAGCAUAUUAAAAUUAUUAAAAUUUUAUAAAUAAGAUUUCGUUUAAAAGAUUUACAUAUUUUCAACCAAGAUUUACACACAUCACUUAACCAACAUUAUUAUUGAUUUUGUUCAAGUUUAUCACAUUUUGUGAAUUUACUUAAUUGUAAAGUAAAUCUUUAAGAAAUUUUAAUGUCUUCAGAUAAACAUAGCAAUAUUAGAAGAAGAAUAAAAUCAAAAAUUAAAUCAUUCCCGAAAUGGGACUCAGCAACAACUAUAAAAUUUCUAAAGCUUUAUCAGAAACAUGAAUCUUUAUGGAAUAAAAAACAUCCACUUUAUCCAGACAGAGGUGUUCGAAUGAAUUGUUUGCGCGAUAUAAGAGACAAAAUGAAAUUACCAGGUUUUGAUAUACCGUUAGUAAUAACAAAAAUCAAUAUCGUAAGAACAAUGUAUGCAAAAGAAUGUAGAAAAAUGCAACAAUAUUUACAAUCUGGUGAAGAAUAUAAUACACAACUGGAAUGGUUCGAAUAUGCAGACGCUUUUUUAAAAGAUAUUGUACAACAUAGAGGAACGAUUGCUGAUAACAAAAUAAUGUAUGCUAAAAGCAUUUUAAAGUCAUGUGAUAAAAAUCGACUAUCAUUAAAUAUGGUAGAUGAUUAUAGAUCUGAUGACGGAACAAAAGGAAGUUUAAUGACAUCAAAUGAAACUGAUGAUGAAAAUUUUAAUCAAUAUUCUGAUACAAGUUCUAUUGAAAUAAAAAAUGAAGCAGUUAAUGAUUGGCCACCGAUAACAUCUAAUAUAAUAAAUAAAUCUAGAAUAAAGAAUGAAGAACAAAAUAAUUUAAAUUCAGAAUUUAAUAUGGAAUAUGAUCCUGGAUUAUCAGAAGAAUAUAUGGUAGCUGAUGGUAAUGCAAAUACUGAUUAUGAUGAUGAUUCUAAUUUAUUAUGUGUAACACCACCUGAAGCACGUUCAAAUAAAAAUAUUUAUUCCAAAUAUAAUAAUGUAGAAGUUGAAUAUAAUAAUACACAAAAUCAUAAUAUUCAGAAUAAAAAUAAUUUUAAUAUUGAAGAUGAAUUUGAUAUAUUUGGUAAAAGUAUAUCAAAUCAAUUAAAAAAAUUACCCUUAAAUAAAGCUUAUGAAUUAGAAUUUAAGAUUCAACAUUUAGUAACAAAUGCAAAAUUGGAAGCAAUUGGAAGAGAACCAAUUCAUUUGUAAAAAUUAAGAGGAAAUAUUGUUGCUGAAAAAUUUAAUGUCGUAACAUUAUAUUAUUAUUAUAUUUUAAUAUUAUCGCCAUUUAUAAUAUUAUUAUUAUUUAUUUGUUUCAAAAA